AUGGUAGAGGAGCUUGACGAAUAUGAAAAGACCAGUCAUGGCAAGGUUGACUGCUCAAAUGGCAUUCUCGAUGCUGAGGGCAAAUUGAUACACUUUCGAACAUUGUGGGCAUUCACUGGACCUGGUUUCCUGAUGAGCAUUGCCUAUCUUGACCCUGGUAACUUGGAGUCUGAUAUACAAGCUGGUGCUGCUGGAGGUUACCAGUUGUUGUGGGUCGUCUGGUGGUCCACAGUCAUUGGUCUGUGGCUCCAGUUGUUGGCUGCCAAACUUGGAACGGCUACAGGUCGUCACUUGGCCGAGCAUUGUCGUGACUACUAUCCCAAAACCGCACGUAUCCUUCUCUGGAUCAUGACUGAGCUCGCAAUCAUUGGCUCUGACAUUCAAGAGGUGAUUGGCACUGCCAUCGCCAUCAACAUCCUAAGCAAUGGUCACAUCCCACUUUGGGCUGGAGUGCUCAUUACCGCUGCCGAUACGUUCACCUUCCUCAUGUUGGAGAACUACGGCAUUCGUAAGCUGGAGGCAUUCUUUUGCAGUCUCAUCUCGAUCAUGGCCAUCACCUUCAUUGUGGAGUACAUCAUCAGCAAGCCCGACCAACUGCAAGUGUUUGAAGGUGUAGUAUUCCCUCUCUGUUCAAAGAAGAAUGUCACAAUGGCAGUGGGUAUACUUGGGGCGGUAAUCAUGCCGCACAACAUCUACCUACACUCUGCCUUGGUCUUGUCACGUGACAUUGACCGUAAGGAUAGCAGACAAGUCAAGAUUGCCAACAAGUACUUUGCCAUCGAGUCCGGCAUUGCCCUGUUCAUCUCAUUCAUUAUCAACCUUUUGGUCGUCUCGGUGUUUGCCGUUGGUUUCCAAGGUGUCACCGACAUUGGUCUGGCGACCGCUGCCACCUACCUCGCCGAAAAGUACGGUCAGGCAGCCAAGUACAUCUGGGCUGUCGGACUAUUGGCUGCAGGCCAAUGCUCAACGAUGACAGGUACCUAUGCUGGUCAGUUCGUAAUGGAGGGAUUCCUCAACCUUCGCAUCAAGCCAUGGAAGCGUUUGAUGAUUACAAGAUGCACUGCCAUCGUUCCCGCUAUUGCAGUGGCCAUUCUGUCGCAGUCCCAUCUCGACAGUUUGGAUGAGUGGCUCAAUGUACUUCAGAGUGUUCAAUUGCCAUUCGCCAUUCUUCCAGUGUUGUUCUUCACUUCACGUGAGGAGGUAAUGGGUCAAUUUAAGAACCAUUGGUUGAACAAUAUCUGUGUUCAGUUCCUGUCAUUGAUGAUCAUUGGUAUCAACAUCUACCUGAUCAUCACAGCGGCAAUGGCCGUGUCCACUGCCUGGUGGAUGAUCCUUACUCUGUGUAUCUCAUUCUUCCUCUACUUUACAUUUAUCAUCUACCUUGCACUGCCCAAGAACUACUCUGAGGCCCUAUCGCUGAGAGUUAGAUCACUUUUCAAUCCAAGUGGCUACACCUACCUCUCCAAGGAGGACAACAUUAAUUAA